CACAUUCCAUGGCACGGAGCUCUAUUUUAAAGCUGAUGGCAAUGGGUUUUAGAACUUGUAAUUUUAUGUAAUUACAUUGUUUUUUCAAUCAGUUCACUCCAGAAACUGCUGCUAUAUCAGUUGGCAGGGUUACAAUUGGUUGGCGAAGAGGAGGUUAAAAUGUUAAAAAAGAUAUUAAGGUUUCAGUGUCUCAGCUUUAUUUGUGAAGUGUUGUUCUCGAGGAAGGAUAGAACAUAACAAAUAAAUGACAAAUAAAUCACAUUACAUUAACUUUACCUCAAUGUUGCACAAUGAAAUCACCGUGCAGCACUUUGAACAUACGCUCGUAGAACUGCUAUACUGUAAUUGCAAUACUUAUAAUCGUCAAUAGAAUGCCUAGAACCUCAAGUACCGAGUACAUUAUGAUGGAUAUUACCAACAAGGACUGUUUCGGAACAUUUGCAUCACUGUGGCGGAUUAAGAGCUCUCUCGGGAAUUAACAUGGCACAAGUGUGAUUCUAGCUCCUACAAAUGGGGCUUGUGGCUUUAGUUUCGGCGCAAAAAGAAGCACGAAUUACAUUGCUUGUGAACAAAUUAUCAUAUGAUGUCAUAUCUAUAUGUACUUCAAUUACGUCCGUGUGUUCAAUCUUUCAAAGGUUUGACAAUAGAUACGUGUUCGGUAGUUGAAUGAGACGGACUUAUUUUUUACUGUUUCUUACCAUAUUCAGUAAGCUUGUACUUCCAAAAGGUGAGCAGUAGAAUAGUGCUGGUUAUAGGUGAUAGGGGCAAAGACUUGGUUAAAUUCCGUGAUAUAUAAUGGUGAACGGGAGCAUAGUGAACGAAUUUUCGGUGAGCUUGGAUGGCCGGGUCGGAGAGGCGGCUCCAUCCCUCGUGUAUGCCGGGGACGCCGUUCGUGGGAGCCUGCACCUCGAGAUCCUUCAGCACAUGCCACUCACGUGUAUCUAUAUCACUGUGAAGGGCCGUGGGUACGUCCACUGGACGAACCAGCAGCUGCGUGGUCCCGGGAAGCCCCGCUUUAAAGACACCCAUCACCACGCCGCCUCUGAGGAAUACUUCGAGAGGACACUCGUCCUGUGUGGAGACAAUAACGUUGACGGGGAGGAGAAGUGUUAUCUGCCCGCGGGCCGCUAUUCAUACCCGUUCCAGUGCCAGCUGCCGGGCCGCUUGCCCUGCUCCUUCGAGGGUGAGUACGGCUACGUCCGCUACUGGGUCAAGGCCGCCAUCCACAAGGGUAGACAAAUCGUCCAGAAAACGUCAGUCCCCUUCAGUGUGCUUUCACCCCUUGAUCUUAACGGCGUUCCAGACUCGAACAAAUCAGUUCAGGAGUCGACAGAGAAGACAAUGUGCUGUCUGUGCUGUUUCUCUGGACCAGUCAGUGCCAGUAUCGCGCUUCCAAAAAGAGGCUUUGUUCCAGGGGAACCAAUCAGAUUCGGCGCUGAAAUUUCAAAUUUCUCAUCACGUCGCAUGGCGUCUUGUUCCGUAGAGCUUAAAAUGACGACACUGUUCCGGGCAGACGAUGACACCCGGAGCACGUCACAGCAAGUGUGCAAAGUGAAGCGGAAGCAGAAGAUCGGGCGGGGUGAGGAGGUCACGUGGUACAAUGACGAACUUGUGGUGCCCCCAGUGCCACCAAGCUGCCUUAUCGGCUGCAACAUCAUCAGUAUUAAAUACACUCUAGAGCUACGGGUGGAUCCUAUGGGUCCAGCGUUUGACCUGUCGCUACCUAUCGAGGUUGUGGUCGGCACGGUUCCCCACCGCAUCUACCGCCUAGAACCUCAGUACAUGAAUGUGGUUAGACCGUCACCAGAUGCUGCGUCUCUACGUCAACAGGAAAAUCACCACCAUGGUAACCCGAAUACCCAGAGACCAAUUGGAGUGCCGGUAUUGCCCACGCAGGACGGCCAGAUGAUCGUAAACCCGUCACACGUGGUUCCUUGGACGAACGGCAAUGGUGGAGCGGCUGGGUCAGAGUUGGGAUCGGACAAAGGUCAGGUUCAACAGCGGCCGUCCUCUCGGGCUUCAAAUGCUCCAUCUACCACGUCUUCCAGCUCUACAGCUCACUCGAAACGAAUAUCUGUGAUAUUUGUUGAGUCCGUGUGCCAGCGCGGAAGGCCCAAGGUGGACGACGAGCACUAUCGAUCGGGUGUCCGCGGAUUCAAUCCGGUGUACCCGUUCUAUCGCUGGAGAUAGUAGCACCACUGACGCACAAAACUGGCUUUUUUAUCGUGUGGUGUAAAUUGGUCCAAGGUUCAAAUCCACUCCGUGAAUUGGCUACAAUGGAAACAGUUCUUGAUUUGUAGUCGCUGGAAUAUUACUUGUGCAUUUUUUAAUGGGAUGAACCGUUUUCUAUUGUGAUACUGGGAUCGAGUUUUUUUUAAAGGGAAUGAGCCGUUUUCUAUUGUGAUACUGGGAUCGAGUAAAGGUGCAUUAUUAUUAUUAUUAUUAUUAUUAUUAUUAUUAUUAUUAUUAUUAUUAUUAUUAUCAUCAUCAUCAUCAUCAUCAUCAUCAUCAUCUGUGCCGAAUAUUGGAAAUUACUACCAAACAUAUGGCAUAACAUGCCGGGCUUCUUGGUGCGAUUUUAAUUGUAUAAGUAUGAUAUGAUAGUUAUUAUAUACAUAUGUACUUGUUUGCAUACAUGUAUGUAUGAAGUGUAUGUUAAAA